AGUGCCAAUCAAAAAACUGCAGAAGGAAAGUGAAACUUAAGCCCAGGCUGGUUCCGCCCCCGGGGAAGGCUUCUUCUGCGCCGUCUCGGGGGUUGGGAUUGCUCUAGUUUUCUCGGCAAUGGCAGCAAUUCAGAAUGUUCAGGAAUCUAAAGCAUAUGAAAGAACAAUUAUAGUUUCUAAUAUUCCUGUUGGAAAUUUUAAUGAUGAAGUCAUGGCAGGUAUGCUGAAGAAUUAUUUCCAAGAGGCUAAUAAAUUUGGAGAUGUAGAAAAUGUAACAUAUCCAACAAGAAUCAAAGGAGGUGCAUUUGUGACAUUCCAGGAGAUAAAAGAUGUUGAGAACAUCCUUAAAAAGAAGAAACACUCUCUAAUAAAGGAGGGACUACUUCCGACUUGCCUUACUGUGUCUCAUUUUAGUGAAAAUGUGAUUUAUUGUAUUUGUGUUCACCUUGAUUUAUCCAUUUUUGGAAAGGAAGUUGUACUAGAAAAUCUGGUGACAGAACUUAAGGAGAAAAUCCCAUCCUUGGAUUUCUGUCCUGUGCAACCUAAUGGAAUGGUCAUUGUUAAAGGGUCAUUUUUAGCAAUCAAGAGGCUAAAGGAAGUUCUUUUGUUAAUGGCAAAUUCUCUUCAUGGAAACAAUACAAAUUUUGUCAGUCUGAGAAAAAGGAAGAAAAAGAAAAUCUCUCCAGUAUGGAGAACACCUGUGUCAUCAUUUCAGCCUACAAUGCCAAAUACUACUGGAAAAGAAUAUAUAAUUGUCCUUGAUACAAAUGUAUUUAAUUAUAUGAAGUAUGGUAAUGAAAUAUAUGGGAAUACUUUAAAAGAAUUUAACAUUGAAAGUAAAGAGAUAGUUAAUGAUGAUAUCACCACCUUAUGCUUAAGAGGGCCUCAGACAAGUUCUCAUUCUAAUCAUUUGGAAAAAGUAAAGGAAUUAAUUGAGGAAUUUUCAUACUCUCUUUCCCUUGAGCUUCGAAAAGAGACAUUAUCUUUAGAUGGAAAAGAUGUGGAAAAGAAGCAACACAUUAGAUUGGCAUGUCAAGUGUUAGAGCCUCAGUUUCCCCAGAUUCUGGUAAAAUAUCAUUCUAAGCAUAUUGACAUCAUAGGGAAUUCUACUGAUACCUAUCAAUUUAAAAAACUUGUCAUGAAAUCUGUAGGGGAAAAAAAAGUAACUUCACCAAGUACAAUGCUACUAGAUAAAAUGUCCAAGGACUCUCAAACCUUUCCCCACAACCAAUAAUUUCUUAGGAAAAGAUAGAUUUAAAUCUAUCCUUUAGAACAUUUAGAAGAUCAUUGUUAUACUUCCAUCAAUAUCAUAAACAUAUAGAAAAAUAUGGAUUAGUUCCAAAUAGAAUGCCAACACAAAUCAUGCUAGAUUGACACAACACAUUUUUUUUUUAAACCCUUACCUUUCGUCUUGGAGUCAAUACUGUAUAUUGGCUCCAAGGCAGAAGAGUGGUAAGGGCUAGGCAAUGGGGGUCAAGUGCCUUGCCCAGGGUCACACAGCUGGGAAGUGUCUGAGGUCAGAUUUGAACCUAGGACCUCCCGUCUCUAGGACUGGCUCUCAACACACUUAGCUACCCAGCUGCCCCCAACACAACACAUUUUAAAGUCAGAUAAUCAUCAAUAAGUAUCCACUUGGUAAGAUUGCUUGAUUUUUGAAUAUUCUCUGCAAUUGUGAGCAUACUAUUCCUUUGGUUUUCUCCUUAAGAUUUCUUUCCCAGAGACCCAUCCUUAUGACAAAGGGAAAAAGCAGAGAACAGAAAAACAAAAUCAGUAAAACUAGUCAAUAUUGAAAAAAACUAUGACAUUUAAUUCAAUGUUCCAGACACACAACACCCUACCAUCUUAGCUCUUUUCUUUAAAGGAAGGAUUGGUGAGAUUUCUUCUUUGAUUCAUCAUUAUAAUUUCACAACAUUCAGUUUUGAUAGUUUUAUAAUUGUUAUUUCUAUUUACAUUGUUGUUUUCUUUGUGUAUGUUGUUUUUCUGGCUAUUUAUUUCACUUUGUAUCAAUUCAUGUAAGUUUAAUAGUUCUCUAUAAUUAAUAAGAUCAUAAUUUCUGAUAGCACACUAGCAUUCCAUCAUAGCAGGGGUCCCUUAUCUGCAAUUUCAUUUUUUGCAGCUUUUGCAGUUUCAGCUAUCUAUGGUCAACUGAAAGUGUUGGAAGUUGGAACACAGGAAAUCCACUUGCAAUAGUGGUCUGUCCCUAGUGAUGUUCUUUUCUGUUUCCACUUUCACUUUUUUUAGGACUUUGUGUGUGUGUGUGUGUGUGUGUGUGUGUGUGUGUGUGUGUAGGUCAUGGAGACCUGAGGGGCAGGAGUUGGGAGAGAAAGUUGGGUCAGUAGGUAUUUGCUAUGGAUGCUGGGGUCGGUCCUAUUGUGUGUGUGUUUGUGUUCUACAAUUUGUUUAUUCAUUUUGUAAAUGCUGAGCAUCUACUUUGUUUCCAUUUCUUUGUUACAAUAAAAAAGUGUUGUUAGAGAUA